UCGACACAGCGAUGUCUUCUCGAUAGAUCCUCGAGCUGCGAAGGGACUUCAGCUCGGAGCCCAGAUCCGCGUCUCCUGCUCUGGUUCAUAUUCUGCCAUCAUGACCAAAGACAUCGUUGUUGGAGAUGAAUUACCAGACUGGGUGGGCGCCAAAGAGUUUUACCAGAAAUAUGACCCGAAAGAGGUGAUCGGCAGGGGGGUGAGCAGCGUGGUGCGCAGGUGUGUGCACAGACACACGGGGCAAGAGCUGGCAGUGAAGAUCAUCGAGAUCACAGCGGAGAAGAUGACCGUUCUGCAGCUGGAGGAGGUGAAGACCUCCACGCUGAAGGAGAUCCACGUCCUCAACAUGGUGAAGGGACACUCCUCCAUCAUCACUCUUAUUGAUUCCUACGAGUCCACCACCUUCAUAUUUUUGGUGUUUGACCUCAUGAGGCGAGGAGAGCUGUUCGACUACCUCACAGAAAAAGUUACACUGAGUGAGAAGGAAACCAGGUGUAUGGUGCGAGCUCUGCUGGAGGCCGUGCAGUACCUUCACUCCUUCAACAUCGUCCACCGGGACUUGAAGCCUGAAAACAUUCUCCUCGACGAUCACGGACACAUCAAACUGUCCGACUUCGGUUUCUCUGUUCAGCUUCAACCUGGAGAAAAGCUUCGAGAGCUCUGUGGGACGCCCGGUUACUUGGCUCCUGAAAUACUGAAAUGUUCGAUGGAUGAAAUGCACAUGGGCUACGGCCAGGAGGUCGAUCUCUGGGCGUGUGGCGUGAUCCUCUUCACCUUACUGGCCGGCUCGCCGCCGUUCUGGCAUCGCAAGCAGAUGCUGAUGCUGAGGAUGAUCAUGGAGGGCCGCUAUCAGUUCAGCUCACCAGAGUGGGACGACAGGUCUGACACGGUGAAAGAUCUGAUAUCCCGGCUGCUGGUGGUGGACCCGGCUGGUCGUCUCAGCGCUGAGCAGUCUCUAGCACAUCCUUUCUUCAGACAGUACCAGAAGGAGGAUGUGCGACUCUUCAGUCCCAGAAAGACAUUUAGGGUGUUGAUCGUGAGCGUGCUGGCCUGUAUCAGGAUGUACAGCCGCUACCGCCGGGCCCGGCCGCUGACCCGGGAGGUGCUGGCCAGAGAUCCUUACUCCCUUCGCGGCGUCCGCAAACUCAUCGAUGGCUGCGCCUUCCGGAUCUACGGCCACUGGGUGAAGAAAGGGGAGCAGCAGAACCGAGCCGCCCUCUUUCAGAACACGGCUAAAAUCAUGCUGCUGGGCCUGGAGGACUUUGAAACAUAAAAAGGUCCACCUCAUUCCUGAACCACAAGAUGUAAACAUGUGCUGUCAGUGUUGUGGGAUUACUGUGUCCUCUUAAGAUGAGGAUUCAAGGCCCGGACGUGUGUGUGCCUGAUUGAAGCGCCGCUUAUCUUAUCUGCCCUCCUGAUCCGAGUGUGUGGCUGUUGGAAACUCUUCUUGUCAGGUCAUCAUGUUUGCAGUAAAGGACACAUUGCACCAUCAUCUGAAGUAACGCAUAUAAGUACAUCAUUUGUUUUUAUGAUAUCACGUGCCAGUUAUAACUGAGGAGAGGAUGUGUUUCUAAGUGGAUGUUUAAGCACUGAUUAAUUAUUUAAUAUUUGAAUCUAUACACAUAAUGUUCCACUUUACAUCUAUUCCAGUGUUACUAAUCGGUACUGGAAGACAUGUGAAGCAUUUCCGUUUUAUUGAGUUAUUCCUCAAUACGAAACCCGCUGAAACCAACUGAAAACUAGUGAUGGUAUUGAAGCACAUUCCAAACUCGGUUCAUUCUUUAGUUUAAUAACUUUAUCAGAAAGUGCCUCUCAGUAAUAGUAAUUGAACAAAUGCAGAAUAUAUAUUGAUAUCAUGUAUAUGAAAAAAGAACGUGUUAUUGAUCAUAAAACUAAUGUUUGAGCUUGA